AUGACGCUGGGGGGUAAGAGCGGGGACGACGUGCUGCGGCUGAUAAACUCGGCCUGCCAGAGCCCGCCCUGCUUCUCGCUGCACCCGCUGGUCGGCUUCCCCAUCAACGCCAUCUUCGUGGAGUUCAUGCAGACGCAGAACGGCAGGGCCUUCUUCGCCGACCGCGAAGUCAACGCCGCCCUCAAGCCCGUCCUCGACGACUACAACCGCAUGCUCCAGUCCCCCGCCUCCCUCGCCUUCAUGAACGCCGACUCGCCCAGCGGCUGGCUCUGUCCCGAGGCCCUGGCGCAGGUCGACAUGGCCGAGUACGAGUGCUCGCCCGAGGAGCCCCACUACGGCUUCAGGUGCUGGAACGAGUGGUUCCUCAGGAAGUUCAGGCCGGGGGCGAGGGCGGUCGGAGCGGGGUCGCCCGAGGGCGUGCCGAGGGAGAACACCAUCGUCAGCUCCUGCGAGUCCACGCCCCUGCUGAGUCCCCUGCAGCCGCAGACCAACGGAGGACCUGCCUCCCUCUUCGAAGGCGGGACCGUCUACCAGGCCUUCCUGAGCGCCCUCUUCUACCACCGCUGGCACUCGCCCGUCGACGGGGUGGUCGAGGACGUCUACGACAUCGCCGGCACCUACUACCUCGACCAGUCCGAGGCCCUCCCCUACGACGAGGCCUCUCCCGACAUGAGCCAGUCCUUCCUUAGCGCGGUCGCCACCCGCAAGGUGGUCGUGAUUCGGGCGGCGAAUGCGCGGGUGGGGAGGGUGGCGAUCAUCUACAUCGGGAUGGCGGAGGUGUCGAGCUGCGUGACCACCGUGCGCGUGGGGGAUUCGGUGAAGCAGGGGACGAGAUCGGCCACUUUGAGUUCGGAGGCUCCUCCCACGCAAUCGUCUUCGAAAGGAAGGCCAAACUGA